CAUAGGCUCGAGUUGCCAGCAACGAGCAUCCAGUGACUACCUUCUGAGGCGUUGAAUCGUCUUUUCCCCUUCGUCAUUAUGCUUUCCAAGCAAGCUAUUGCUGUCGCGCGUAGUCGUGGCACUUUGAGCCCAAAGUACCUUCGAGGAGCAACGUCAAGGGGAUGGGCCAAGGCUAUUGUCAAUGUCAGACGAGCUCAGUUCCACUCUUCAUAUCUUUUGCAGGCGGAGACCGUCAAAGUGCCCCAGAUGGCGGAAUCCAUCACUGAAGGAACCCUCAAAUCGUGGUCCAAACAAGUUGGAGAUAGCGUCGCUGCGGAUGAAGAAGUUGCUACGAUUGAAACUGACAAGAUUGACGUCUCUGUGAACGCACCCAAACCUGGUGUUAUUAAGGAAUUGUUGGCGAAGGAGGAAGACUCCGUCACCGUGGGUCAAGACCUAUUCGUAUUGGAAGAGGGCGAAGCUCCCGAGUCAUCGCCCACACAAGAGAAAGCCACGGAAGAAAAGCCCACAGAGAAAGGAAAGGGCUCUGAAAUCAAACCUACGGAAUCCAAGGCCGAAACUCCACUUCCUAAACCUGCACCAUCAGCAGGGAAACCCGCAGAACAGAAAGAACAGAAAAAUACAGAAGCAAACCCAAAGAGGGAUACCGAGAAGCCUAAAUCGAAAGAGCCUUCACAACCCCCUGCUCCAACUGCGGGCAACCGAAACGAGACGAGGGUCAAGAUGAACCGAAUGCGCCUGCGCAUUGCCGAGCGUCUCAAGGAAUCCCAAAACGCCGCUGCAUCAUUAACCACUUUCAAUGAAAUUGACAUGUCUUCGCUCAUGGAAAUGCGUAAGAAGUACAAGGACGACAUCCUCAAGGAACACGGCAUUAAAUUUGGUUUCAUGAGUGCGUUCGCGAAAGCCUGCUCCCUCGCCCUGAAAGCGAUCCCGGCCGCCAACGCGUCCAUAGAGGGAGACGAGAUUGUCUAUCGCGACUAUGUCGACAUGAGCAUUGCUGUUGCGACGCCGAAGGGUUUGGUUACCCCCGUCGUGAGGAAUAUUGAAAGCAUGGGGUUCUUAGAAAUUGAAACAGAGAUCGCCGCCCUGGGGAAGAAGGCCCGUGAUGGCAAGCUGACGCUCGAAGACAUGGCUGGCGGUACUUUUACCAUCUCUAACGGUGGUGUUUUUGGUUCGUUAUACGGAACACCUAUCAUCAAUCUGCCACAAUCUGCUGUCCUCGGUAUGCACGCCAUCAAAGACAAGCCCGUUGCUGUGAACGGACAGGUCGUUAUUAGACCUAUCAUGGUCGUUGCAUUGACCUACGAUCAUAGAUUAUUAGAUGGUAGAGAGGGAGUUACCUUCCUCGUCAAAGUCAAAGAUUACCUCGAAGACCCGCGGAAGAUGCUCCUCACGUGAGGGUGGGUUCUAUGGACGUGUUCGAACGGUGAGAAGUAUAAUAAUGAUAGAAUCUUUAAAGGAUUUGGCUACCGUUGUUGUUCACCUUUAUUACAUUUUGAAUAAUAGUCAUGCGUAUAUUAUCGUCUACGCACGUCGUACGUACUAGAGGCCAUGGGACCGAAAUCAGAAAGUAGGGAGG